GAUGUAAUAUUUCAUUCCGUUAGCGACAAACGCAUAGUCGUUCGGUAAAAACACAGCAAGUCUUCCAAGAAAAAUAUAAGCUCUCUAAUAGUAUUAGUUUUCAUUGAUCGAAGAAUUAGAAUUUGAUCUUCAUUGCUUACGCACCAUAAUAAGUGGGAUAUAAAUAAUGGUGUAAAACCGCGUUACUACACUAUGCCCAAAGUGCAGUGGCGCCAUGUGACUGAUCCCCAUUAAAGUCCCCUUCACCUUCACUCUCCAUUUCAUACUUCUCUCUCUCUCUCUCCCAAAACUCUUCUGAAAUUCAGAUCCAUUUGAGCAAAUAAUUGGUCAUUGGAUUUCCAAACAAAUGGCUCCACUCCAACACUCUGUUUCCAACAAGGUACUCUUGCUCUAUCUAAUCUUGCUCCUUUUCAUCACUUCUUCACUCAUUUCGGCCCAACCACGAAGAUUCCUGUCUGAAGAUGAUCAAGAUUUCCCGCUCAUCAAGAAGAAAUCCAAUUCCACCACCAAAAACCAAACUAAACUCAUCAAACCUACCACUACUUCAACUUCUUCUUCAUCCAAGAACCAAACCAAACUCAUUAAACCUACGUCACUCUCAUCCAAAGUGAUCACCAAACUCCCAUUUGAUUCAACCAAGAACAAAACCAAACUCAUCAAAGCUACCUCAUCAUCCAUCAAGAAACUCAACUCCACCUCAAAUUCGACGCUUUCAACCAAGAAAACCUCAGAUCCAAACAAACCGGCAUCCCCAAAAGAAAACACCACUCAAUCCAAAUCCCUGAUUGAAAAAAGUGUUCUUGCCACCAAAUCCAACAGCAAAUCCCUAAAAAAACCUAGCUGGAUUGAUCAAGAAGACGACGACGACGAUUUGGUGUCAGAUUUCAGAGAACUCCCAUCGAAAUUCCAAGAAUCAAUCGUCCCAGAUUUGGAGAAAAUCUCCCAAACAUCGAGAAUCUACCUCACGAAAUACAACAAAGAAUUCACGAGAGGGUUCAAGCCCUACGUGGGCAACAAAUACGCUUCAAAAAUCGCAUCUUUAGUCUCAUUCACAUUCAUCAUCAUCCCACUCAUUCUGGUCUCCUUGAUGUUCAGCCGAAUCAAAGCCUAUUUCUCCAUCCAGAAGCUCCUGAUUUUCAUCCAGAGUUAUCUCUCCAUCUACUUCACCAUCCUCGCCCUCUCCUCCCUGGCUUCGGGGCUGGAGCCGCUGAGGUUUUUCUACUCUACUUCGCACUCCACCUACGUUUGCGUGCAAGUGUUGCAGACCUUGGCUUACGUGCUGUACCUCCUGCUGCUGCUCAUGUACCUGAUUCUCGUCUUCUCCACUGAGACCGGGCCCGUCACCAAGUUAUUGGGCCUGGCCCAAACAUUUGUGGGCUUUGCUGUGGGCCUUCAUUAUUACAUGACGGUGUUUCACAGAGCUGUCAUGCACCAGCCGCCCAAGACGAGCUGGAAGGCCCACGCGCUCUACGCCACGUGUUUCUUUCUUAUUUGUCUGUUAGCUAGGGGCGAUAGGCAGAAGAAGGCUUAUUUGGAAGAGGGGGGCGAUGAGGGUAAAAAGAGUUGAAUAAUUGAAUUUCAUCGUUCUUAUUAUUCUAUUUUCCUUUUUCUUUUUGGGAAUGCAAUUUUUUUUACUAGAAGCAGGGGAAUAGGGUUUGCUUGCUUCUAAUCUUUUCAUACGAAUUUGUAUUGAUAAUAAGGAACUUAAUUGCCCCUUGUUUUCCAUGCCAACCAAAACGACAUUGGUCAUGGAUUCAAAAAAAAGAAAAUAAAAGACAUUGGCCUUCGACACUGAAA